CACUAUAUUCUGGCAACUAGCAUGAAAUUUUACUUCAUUGGGCUCACAAUAUGGUUGCGACACCGGAGGAGCCAUCCUUGACACGUUGGACGCUGAGUAGAAGGCUCAUAGUAGCCGGCGAAAUAGGAAAUGUAUUUCUCAUCGGCGUACUUUACCUUCACGCAUAUAUUUGGCUAAAUACUCUUCACUGUGAGAUCUCAAGUUUCAAAAACCCAACUUCUCCACCAUUAUCGCCGGCUCGGGUGAAAAGAGAGAACAAAAAGAUGCCUGUAGAUUUAGAAGAUUACACAAUAAUAAUUGGACAAGAUACUAUCAUUCCAAGAAACGUCCUUGACCGUUCUUGCUCCCAAGUUCACCAAUACUGCUCUGAAAAAAGCCAACGACUAACAGGAUUCCCUGGUGUUCGUGGAUCACCGGGAGAUCAAGGGCCGGUUGGGCCACCAGGACGCCGUGGACCAAUGGGCAUUGUUGGGCCAAUCGGUUUGGUUGGCGAGCAUGGAAUUCUUGGCGAACCCGGAAGAGACGGAAAAUGCAAUUGCCCGUUUCCUGAUCUGUAUGUGCAGAGAGUCCCGAUUCCAGGUCCACCUGUGAUUAAGAUAGAAGAAAAAAUGGUUCCUGUGCCAGUAGUGGUUGUAAAAGAAAUAGAGGUGACCAAGUUCGUACCUUUUGAACCAACUCCCCCUGGUUUCGGUCCACCAGAUGGUUGGGCACCAGGAAUGCCAAAACCUGGAAGAACUAGAAAGUUGCCAAGAUACUCCACAGUUCGGCCACCUCCAACUCCAAAGCGAAAAACUACACAAUCACCAAUUCACGUUGUACCGACAGAGAAAAACAUAACAAUGGAUGAUUGGAAUGCAGAAAUGAACAUAAGCACUCCAAAACCGUAUAUGGGACCACCAACACUGGGAUACAAUAGAAAGGAAUGCAUCCUAGCCGCAGUAGGCAUUCCGGUCCUCCACGCCGAAUCUCAAUAUGGUCGUGUUGGCUCCUGGAUGCGAGAUGCUCUUCCAAACUCUAUGAAAACCGCUAAGCGCCGAUGGGUGACCGAUGGAUUUGCUAGUCCAGUGUUGUAUGAGUAUGAAGAUGAACGUCAGUUACUUGAUAAAGUUCAGAAAAUCAAGUAUUACGUUGAUUAUUUGGCGUCUGGAACUGGAAAUGUAGUGUAUAAUGGAAGUUAUUACUACCACAAGCAUGGAACAACGAGUCUGGUUCGCUAUGAACUAGAGACAGGAGUUCAAGUGGAAGCAGAACUAGAUCCUGAAAUGUCACAUAUUGAUUGUGGACGACUUCCGGAUCAUACUUUCGAAGAAUGUAAUGCAACUGACAGACAUGUGUGGUUAUAUGAUAGACCACAUAACUACGUCGACUUCGCUGUUGAUGAAAAUGGCCUUUGGGCAAUCUACGCUGGCGCCGAUUCGGAAACCAUGAGAAUGGCAAAGAUCGAGCCAAGCCUUUUUGUGGUGAACAUCUGGAAUGUUGAGGUGAAUACGACUGAAAUCGCCGACUCUUUCAUUAUGUGUGGAGUGUGGUAUGGGCUAAAGAGUGCGAACAAUUUGCAAACCCAGAUAACACAUGCAUAUGAUUUGUUCAGAAAUGACACAAUCCCAGGACAAGUUGAAUGGUACAAUCCAUAUCAAGGUCUGACAAUGCUUCACUACAAUCCACUGGAUGCUCGUCUGUACUUCUUCGAUAAUAGCAGCCUCUUGUCGGUGAAUGUUCGAAUUGAAGAGGACUUACCAGAAUAUAUUGAUGAUUAAUCUUGAAAAAUGAAUGUCUUAUCGAAUACGAACGAAAAUAGAAAUCAGUCCACGAUUG